UUUUAGAUUGAGAAUUUUGCCCAAGUGUUGGGGCUUUUUGUUAAAAAUUCUUAAAUGAUGUCGGUUUGUUUGUUUAAAAAAAAUGGUUUGGUUGCACCGGAGUAAUCGGUUUGUGGUUUGAGUUGUGGUUGGGUUUUGAAAUGAGACGGGGCGUGUCAAUAUGACAACACCAUUUUAGGUUAAACUUGGCCUAGGAUGUGGUAAUUAUUGAUACAUGCAAACUACUGACAAUGACCUGCACGGAAUGAAUCGAUCAGUCAAACACUUCAUGUGUCAUUUUGCUAGGAAUGUGUUGCCGACAGGGGACUAUAUUAGUACGAAGAGCAAAAAAUGUAGCGACAAGUGCCCCUUUUGUGAGACUCAAGUGCAUCGUUUUGGAGAAUGUGAGAGGACAACGCGACUAUUGCAUCAGUCCUAGCUGGCAGACUGCGUCAUCUACUGAAAGAGCCCUUGCUGUUACACUUGGUUGCAGACGCUAAUGGAGUCCCAAGAUGAGGCCACCCUGAAAGCUUGGAGUGUCCUUCUCUGGUUCUUCUGGAAGGAGAGGAAUGCCCAACAAUUUAAUGGCAUCAACUUGGAUGAAUCAAAGAUUGUCACUCGAGCUAAAUAUUUCCUUGAUGAUUAUCGAGCAAGACAGGAAAGCGAACAUAGAGGGACAAGGGAGGAGGAGCGCAAACUAGCGCAAGGGCGGACAAAAAUCAAUUCCGAUGCGGCAGUUUUGGCUACAGGAGGGAUUGGUUUUGGAGUGGUGAUUAGAGAUUAUGGAGGGCAGUUCAUCCUUGUUGCGGCAAAGAAAAUCCCUGUACAAUGGGAACCUGAAAUGGCGGAAGUCUUAACUACAGAGAUAGGGGUGCAAUUAGCCCGACAGUUCUCGCUCCCCAACCCGAUUCUGGAGACGGACUGCCUUACAUUGACCAAUGAGUUGGAGAACGCUGAGAGGAUUCACACAGAAUCGGCAUAGACUGUAGAGAGAGGGCAACACAACAACACAUAUAAUGGCCCAUUCGGAUACAAGGUGGAACGAGAGACAAGUUUGGCUAGAUAGACCCCCUGUUUUCAUGAGUGAUCAGAUUAAACUAGAUGAUGUAGCCGCAAAUUCUCAUAAAUAAAAUGAUGACAGAUUUCCAUAAAAAAAAUCUGGAUGCGUGAAAGUCGAAUGCUCCAAUGACUACAUUACCAAAAAAAUAUUUAAAAAAUUCCAAAUCAUUUGACAAUAUAAAUGAAUUAAUUAGCAUGAAACAAUAAGAAAGUAAUAAAACAAAAUUUAUCCAACCAACGGGUCAGGUAAAAACUAGUCUCCUAGAAGAUGAGGAGAUUAGUAAAGACGCUAAUCGUCA